CGAACACAGUUCCAGGACUAGCCGAUCCUGAUGAACAGAUGCACGGAAACUUGACCACUUUCGCCUCCCUGCUUGUGUCACGACCAGACGAACUCAUCAAAGGCCACCAGUAGCAAAUUGAGGGUAUCACUAUGCCUGCAGUAUCGUGACCCUCGCCAUGAGAUAUGUUUGACGCUUGUUGUACUUUGCGAGCCUCGAGAACCCCGGCGACAGGGUACACAUCUCUUAUCAAUGCACGCAUCUCGCUUUUGGGUUUUGAACGAACGAGCCUAGUACCCUUGGACAUCCAACGAGAAUGCUAAAGUAUCCCAAUUCUCGUGCUGUUACUACGUCGUGGGCUAUGCUACUAUGUUACUUACGACAUGCGCUAGCCACGGCUAUUGUUCAAUGCAGUGUUGAUCGAUUAACGAUUGGCGCGAUACCAGAGUCUUUCGCAACAACCUUUUAUCUUUACAGCAUCAUACAGCAAUCUACAAAUCACUGGACAUCUUUCCAACUCGUUGCCACGCUUUCACGUUGCGUUUCUCCUUACCUACACACCACCAUGAGCUCUCCUCCUACGUCUGAAUUCUACACUUUUCCUCAGCUUCCUUUCAUGCUGCGCACAUCAACUAUCUCAAGCCCCUUAACCCUCGGAGCCGCAGGGCUCCUCGCCCUCGCAGACCUCCCUGCUGUCGCAUUAAGGACGGCGCUAACUGGAGGAGCCAGCUUCCUCGACAUACUUGUCCUCGUACCGGGGAUGCAUAAACAACAGCAUGCCGAUGAAAUCAACCGGGGAGAAUUUCCUACGACCGGCGCGAUGAACAGCGGAUACGUAUUUCGCGUUGAAAAUCCCGCCACCGUGAGCUACCUACAAAGCAUUGGCCAGCCCGGACACCUCGUCACAGCCCGGGUGUCCCAAAAUCCCCUCCGAGUUCAAAACACUGAUGUCCCCGUCCAAAACCGGGUGCUCCAGUCGACGUUCGUCGCUGGUGUUCCUGCAACUGUUAUGUAUUUCCUAUGUCCUAUAUCGACUAUCACGGUGUUCGUGGUCCUGAGUGUUAUCGGGGAUUGGUGGGGGGUUGGGGCGCUAGCAAUGUUCAUUUCAGCUAGGUUGAUCAAUGUGGUCGUCAUUAAGCGGAGGAAUCAGCAAGGAUGGAAGGGUGCUACAGAGACUGGUGAUGGGGACCUCCUCAUACUUCUGAGUCAGGACCGUUGGGUGCGUUUGCGGGGGUCGAUAAAUGAUCUGAAGACUGUGACAGCAGGCCAAUGGCUCCGAGAUCUCUCAGCUACGGAGAACUUUUCCGUAACGCUCGCCACGAUGGUGAUCUACGCAUCCGCCAUCCUUGCCUUUAAUGCAUCGACAGUGGGGAGCUUGCUUAUUGCGUGCUUGUUACUUUGUUCCGUCACUCUUUUAACCUUGUGCAAUUCGUUGACUCAAUGUUUGAAAAUGUACGACUGUGUCGUGCGGAAGGAAGGAGAGCCAGAGAGGUACAACCGGAGGCUGGAUAUGGCGGAAAAGCUGGUUCUCGAGAGCAAGAGAGAGGAUUGGGCUGUUGGCAUGGGUUUAGUUCAUCCCAAAAGUGGUCCCCAUCGACCGGUUGCUGUGUGAUCGAAUCACUUGAAGCUUGAUCUCAUCCUACAUGUUUAGCGACAUCAUUGGACCUUCUUAUACCUGCCUUGUUUUCCCUAGGAGGUUCUGCGGAUUCACACUUACUGCGCUUACAGUUUAAAAACUCUUCAUUCAUAAAUUUCUCCAGAUCCUUCAUCACACUGCAUGGUAGCUUCAAUAUUUAAUGCCAAAAUAUUGAAAUCAAAAGAUAUUUAUUUUUAGCAACAUCGGAACCUAAAAUAUCUAAGAAAUAGUCAAAAUAUGUUUUCAAUAUUCAUGAUUUCUUUUGAGUUUUGAGGCAAUUUUCCCAAAUAUAGAAAC